GGUCAGAAAAGACCUUGCACUAAAGGAUGGAACUAUCUUGACCGGAAAGGUUUUUUUCCCCCCCUUCGUCAUCUCCUUACACCCAAUAUAGAUAUAUUGGGUGUGAGGAAUGGUUGUUUUUCUAGCUAUUCCUUCUGUUCUGAAGCUCAAACUUUUCGUUACAGAAUAAUUCAAUAUUCUGUUCUGGUAUUUUUUUAAUUCAAAAAAGUGGCAUAGAAGGUUUUUAUCUCUCUGAAGUCGCAGGUCUAAAGGCAGUAACAACUUCCUACUCUAAGCCGACGGAAACAGUGUUGUUGAGCUUCCUGUUUUGUAAUCUGUCCGCUUCUCUGAAAUGAAUUUAAAAAUUCGAACUUACUAAGUGCUGCAGUUUGUUUUGCAUGCAAAUAUGAAAUAUUUGAAAAUAAGCUGUGUUUGGAUAAUCGCUGUUGUGUGGAUUUUGUUGCUGAAUGGGAUAAAAGGAGAAUUCGAUGCCAAUUUCACACUGCAGAAUGUUUGGGGACGUUUGCAACCUGAUAUGCGGUCUCUUAUUCAGUGUCUCAGUGAUGAGAACUAUAAAAAAAUAAAAUUUUCGCGACUGCUCGAUACUGGUCAAGGAAACAAACUUCCGAAAUCAUCUCAACAAUUUUUGCAAGCAAAACCAGUGUUUGCUCGUAUUCUGUUUAUGCCUGGUGAUGACAAACUUGCUAGAUUUGGGGUAUAUCAAUGCAAACAAGCAUUGAAAGCGAGCGUGGAGACGAACAUCGUCACCUUGAAAUUGCCACCUUCAAAUCUAGUUGAGUUGGAUGCUCUUUCGCCAUACAACGUAGCUAAUUCCGGUGAUGACGUGACUUUCGAAGUAAAUGUUACCAAGAGUCUUGAGCUGCCUACUAAGUGGAGGCACAAUGGUAAAGAGUUACCGGAUUGGGCAGGGUUGACGAAAGUAGAAUUGAAGAAUGUUCAAGUUUCGAAUGCGGGUGUCUACGAAUGUUACUAUGAUGGCAGACGAAAUGAAGGAGUUCAUGCUCUAAUGAGGCUAAUAGUGAGAAAGUGUCCGGAAAACUUCUACGGUGAUGAUUGCGAUAAGGAAUGCCCUCCUUGCUACAAUGGUGGUAUUUGUCAAGAUAAGUGGGGAGUGUGUGUUUGCCCUGCUGGUUUUGCUGGGGAAAAUUGCGAAAUCGCUUGUGGUGGUAAUCAUUUUGGUAAAGAUUGCUCUAAAUUCUGUUCCCCACCUCAAAACAACACGAAUACCGAUGAAUUGUGUGCCUUGCAUCUUUUCUGUAAGCCGGAUCCUUACGGAUGUUCAUGCGCUCCAGGAUUUAAAGGAUCAAAAUGCAUGGAACAUUGCGAACCAGGGUGGUAUGGAGCUGAUUGUAAGCAACCGUGUCACUGUGCUUACGGAGUAAGCAGCUGCAACAGAAUAACAGGUGCCUGUGAUGGAGGUUGCGCUCGAGGCUGGAGGGGAAAUUCAUGCCAAAUAGAAGAUCCUAAUGCCAACAACAGCGUAGAGACGACGACAAUGGUGUUUUGUGACAAAGGCAGUUAUGGACCCAGUUGUGAAAAGCAAUGUCACUGUGCUGGAAAUGAACAUUGUCACAUCAUCACAGGAAUUUGUCCAUCCGGUUGUCAGGAUGGAUGGGGAGGACCAACUUGUGGAGGUUGCAAGAGUGGAAGAUUUGGCGAUAAAUGUGAGUUUACUUGUCACUGCGAAGGAGGACACCAUAAUUGUGAUAAGGAAGGAUUUUGUUACUCCGGAUGCGAAGCAGGAUGGGCUGGUUUCACCUGUCAGACAGAAUGUACGUUGGGUCGCUUUGGAUCAAAUUGUGCAUCUACUUGUCACUGUUAUCCUAAUUCGACCAAACCCUGUGACAAAAUAACCGGUGCUUGUGAAGGAGACUGUGAAGCUGGAUUUAUGGGAAAGGAUUGUCAAACGCUGUGUCCACAAAAUAAGUAUGGUGUGAAUUGUGCUAACACAUGCACUUGUUUUAAUGGCGCUCAAUGCAGUCGUAUGGAUGGAACAUGCACCUGCGAAGGAAGAUGGCGUGGAACAACGUGUAACGAAAGUGUGCCACAAAUUGUAGCUGCUAACGGGGAGGAAGUUAAUUCAGGCCAUCAAGUUUUCAUUUCUUGUACAGCUGAUGCUGUGCCUGAACCUCAAAUGAACAUAACGUGCAAUGAAUUCCCGGAUGUGAAAGUGAGUGUGCGAGUUUUAGAACAAAAUCAGUUGCAAGCAGUGAUAAAAUUAAAACCAGAGGUUUCCGGAGAUUUUGAGUUCCUGUGCAAAGCUCGUAACGAUCAUGGUUUUGAUAUGAAGAAAAUGAUUCUUACUGUUAUUGAUCCACCAAGGCUUGGUAGCGAACCAAUACUUGUAUCGAAGGACAACACAACAGCCUCUAUAAAAUGGGCUGAAUGGCAAUACUCUGUUGACGAAGGUGGAAGCCCUACAGAUAGCAUAGAAUAUUUAGUAGUUUUUAAAAAAUCGGAAUCACCAGCCUGGAAUACUCUUGGUACCUGGAUGACAGAUGACUUUUCCAAAGUUGUCAACUUGAUACCCAAUUCAGAGUAUGAUAUUGCUGUUAAAUGCAGACGAUUUGGUAAAGGUGGGGAAGGAGAACCUGGACCUGCUUUGAAAAUUAAAACAGACUGUGGCGUCGCUCUACCAGAUGGUAUACCUCAAGAAUUUUUACCGGAAAAAAUAACUCAAACAUCUGUUGUUUUGACUUGGCGAAACCCACCAGUUACCGAACUACGCUGUCCCUUGGAGUCUUAUCAACUGGUUUACUACCCUGAAGCAGCUGAGAUGAUUAAGACAAGCAUUAACACUGAUGGUAUCCCAGUCCGCAUUUCUGUAGAUGACCUUACACCAAACACCAACUAUGUAUUUAGACUUUAUCCAGUUACGAAACUCGCCAAAUCAAAAUAUUUUGCUGAGCUGAUCAUAAAAACGUUAGAAACAAUUCCUGGUCCAGCUUCCAAUUUGGAAUGUCAAGCUGUGGUGGAUAAACCCGACCUAUUACUAGUAUCUUGGGAUGCUGCGUCUGAGGAGAGCGGAACUAUUAGAGGAUACACUGUAAUUUCAAUCUUAGUGGACAAAGGCCAGUGUGGUACAGUUGGUGAACAUGACGGGUUGCAGACAAGAAAAGUCCACUCAAAUGACACAGAACUCACUCUUCAGAAUUUGUAUCCAUUUUCUACUUAUAAUGUAUCUGUUCAAGCAAGGACAUCAGCUGGUGAGGGAGAAGCGAUUUCAGUUGUGGCUAAUACAGCUGAAUCUGUUCCUAGUGAAUCCCCACGCAAUGUGCGUUUAGUUUCUUCAAGUAAUACAUCUGUGGAGUUCGCAUGGGAUGAAAUUCCCUGUGAAGAAGCCAAUGGAGAGAUUUUGUACUAUGAGUAUGCACUCGUUAAGAACGAAGAUGUCAUCAACACUGUUUCUGGUACGAGAGUGCGGAAAAGAUCUUUGGACAAUCAAACCCACUGGAUAUUUGAUUCAAUCGAAGCUCUUUCGGUGAAAAUAAAAGAUUUAAAACCCUUCACAGCUUAUGGAUUUAUGGUGGGUGGAGCCACUGCAGUCGGUAGAGGAGUUCUAUCUGACAUAAUUUUUCACAAAACGGACGAGGGCAUUCCUGAUGAACCGAGAUCUUUGGGUAUUUUUGAAGCAUCCAAUGACUCCCUUGGAAUUCAAUGGGAAUCUCCUCAUCACCCCAAUGGAGUGAUCUCUUUGUAUAAAAUUCGAGUUUACAACAAAGUAACAGAUCAGUUGGAAUCAGAGAUAAUUCACAAGGCAUUUAAUGAAGAGGGAACAUCUCCAACACUACAACAGCUCGUUAUACACCGUCUCACACCCUCAACCGAAUACGUCAUCCAUGUACAAGGUAGUACGACCGCUGGUUGGGGGAAAGUUAGAAGUGUUGUCGAAAAAACUUUAGAUGGAGCUCCAGAGGAACCAUCAGAAAUCAUGAUAAUUGAAAGUCAGCAGACGAGUUUAAACGUAUCAUGGUUAGAGCCUGUCUUAAAAAAUGGAGUCAUCACAGGUUACAAGGUCGGAUACCAACCCGUUUCAUCAUUGGAUCCUGUUUAUAACUCCACUCCAUUUGAGAAAUUGGAAAUUGAAGUGAGCGAGGACACUCAUCAGGCAUAUUUAGAAGAUCUCCAUCCUAGUACUCAAUAUUCAGUCUCAGUAUUUGCUAAAACGGCUGCUGGAUACGGGCCUCCCGCUUCCUUUCUUUGCUGGACAGUGAUAUUAGGGGACCAUGUAUCACCAUCUCUUAAGUUGCUCCCUAUAGAGGCAACCAAUGAAACCAUACCAAUAAUAUUUUCAACCACUGGAAGCUCUUCUGUAUACAAAUACCAAGUGAUUGUUGAAGACUCAAGAAACGACGAUCCAAUCGAUGAAAAUCAACUAACUGGUUAUGAAACUGCCGUGGUUAAAAAAGGACUACCAUAUUACAUAGCUGCUGAGCUGGAUCCCAACAAUGUCUCUCAAUCGGGGGAACAGACAUUUGUUGUCGGGGAUAAGAAGAACUGGGGAGGCUACAACAAUGUCCACCUGAAUCCAGGACAUGAAUACAAAAUUAGAAUUCGAACUCUUGUUGCGAAGGACAAAGAACUAAAAUCAGUAAUUUCAGAACCAAGAAAUGAGACUGCUGAAACGACGUCUGUCCUAGUCGAGCAUAAGAGAACUAAAAUCGGUGGUCUUGAUCUUUUUAUGGUUGUCUUGAUCAUUAUUGCUGGACUGGUGUUUCUAACUGCCGUCACUUUUAUAACUGUUGUAGCUGCGUGCUUCAGAAGGAAACGAAAGAAAUCUACGACGUCAUUUUCAACGAAAGAUUCAGGCCUUUCGGGAUCAAUGACAUGGUCUGUAAUGUACAAAUCACCGGAUUCAAGUCCAACUUUUGAUGGACAUUUUGUUGCGGAUGGUUUCCGGACAUUUCCCCUCAAGGAAAAAAAUGCGUCUUUAAAACGUUGUAAGAGUGACAGUAAAAUUGCGCGUGGAAUGCGCAUUGAGACACUUGAAGACUAUCUCACAGCUGCAAGAAAUACCAACCACUUGGCAGAAGAAUUUCAAAAAUUGGUCGAAGGGCAGACAUCGCCAUGGACAACUGCAAGAAAAAGUGGAAAUCUCAAGAAAAACAGAUACGGAAAUAUUUUGCCAUAUGAUCGAUACAGGGUUGUGCUGCAGUCGGAAACAAAUAAAAAUGACGAUGACUAUAUAAAUGCUAGUUAUAUUGAUGGAUUCAGAAGACCGAAAGAAUAUAUUGUGACACAGGGUCCUUUAGAAAACACCGUACUAGAUUUCUGGCGAAUGAUUUGGCAAGAAAGUGUUCCAGUCAUUAUUAUGAUUACAGAUUUGGUAGAAAAUGGAAAGGUAAAAUGUGCUAAGUAUUGGACAGAGGAUUCGAUGGACAAAGGUGAUUUUCAAAUUCUUUUAAUUCACCAUGAAGAAACAUCUGAUUUAAUGAUACGAACGAUGCUCAUCAGAAAAAUUGAUGAAAUACGAACUCACAGAGUUAUCCAGUAUCAGUAUACGGGCUGGCCUGAUAGAAAUGUUCCAGUGAAUAUCAAUAGUUUCAUAAAGUUCAUGAAAAAAGUCCGUGAUGAUCACCCUGUUAUGAGUGGACCUAUGGUUGUACAUUGCAGUGCUGGUGCUGGAAGAUCAGGUUCAUACGUUGCAAUAGAUGCUUUGAGUCAACAAGCCGCUGAAGAUCGAAGAGUAGACGUCUUCCGAUUCGUUAACAAUGCGAGGCACCAACGAGUACACCUUGUUCAAACCCUGGAACAGUAUGCUUUCAUAUACGAAGCGUUGAUCGAAGCCAUUCAAUAUGAAGAUACAUCAAUUCCUCUACAAAAUAUCAGUUUGUAUUUAAAGGAGUUGAAUUAUAUGUGCACAUUGGAUCGACGAGCUUUAAUUUUAAAGCAGUAUAAUAAGCUGAACCGGACGCAGAAGAAAGUGGAUGUCAGCCGAUGCUCAAUCGCGUUGUCAGAAAGUAACGUCUUUAAAAACAGAGACCCUCUAACCGUGCCAAGUGAUUCUUCUCGGGUGGUUCUUGAAGUAGACGAUGAAGAAGAUGAAGAAUAUGGAGACUACAUAAAUGCUGUUUUCGUCGAUGGUUACAGGAAACAGAAGGAGUUUUUAGUGACACAAAUGCCUCUGGCUCACACUGUUGAGGAUUUCUAUCGUCUCAUAUAUCAAAACAGGUCAACCCUCAUACUCAUGCUUAACGGAUGUGACGAAAGCGACGAGAUGAGUGUUGGUAUAUAUUGGCCAGAACUCGGGGAAUGCAAAUGUGGUGACUUCUACAUCGAACUCAUGGCGUUUGAAGAGCAAGGUGAUUUCGUCAUACGCGUCAUGAAGGUGACAAAUUUGCGAAAGGUAAAAGACGAGCCUUUGAAAGUGAUUCAACUUCAAUACAAUGGAUGGACCUCUGAAGUGAAACCUAAAUCUGUGUUGAAUAUGAUUGAGACAGUCAAUGUUUGGUAUAAAAGAGCCCUCGAGGGACCCAUUACUGUUCAUUGCAUGGAUGGAGCCACAAGGAGCGGAUUAUUUAUAGCAUCUAUCUUUGUUUGUGAACAAAUUAAAAAUGAAGGAGCUCUUGACGCCUUUCAUGUUGUGAGAAGCAUAAGAACGAAUAGAUCAGAAUUCAUACCUAAUUCAGAUCAGUUCCGUUUAUUGUUUGAAAUAGCUCAAGAAAUGGCGGAGCCUUUAUUGCUUCAAAACGAAGAGUUUUCACCAGCAACCAAAAAACUUUCGUUUAAAAUAUAGUAAAACUCUGAAACCAGUGUUAGAGAAAAAGUUAUAUGAAAGCAAUGGAUUUAAAAAAAAGUUUUUUUCAACUACUUUGUAUUGAAUUUACGAACUUAAAACGAAACCGGUGAAGAGAGUUCUUUACAAUUGCACCAUAUUUAUAUGAGAGAUUAUGUUACGUUGCUUCAUUUAUAAUGGAUGUAUUUUUUUGUUUUGUUUUAUUGUUGCUUUGUCAGUCUUCUAUUCUAGAAAAUGUUUACAAUUCAUGCAAUGUCAAGCUUUUAUUUAAAGAAAUUGGUUGGGUUCACAAUUAGAGUUGGCUUCAAUGUCUCGGAUUAUUGCGAUCUCUGUGCAAGUGCUUAACGGAUAUUUUCCAAAAUCUAGCUGAGAGAGCUAAAAUGUCGUGAGCUUCAUUUUCGCGAUUAGUGUGAAACUGUUCAAUUUUUCAAUUUGUUUAAUUUUUUGUUCAAUGUUUGGGGCAAUAUCCGGUGUUAUUUUCGAUGAUUCGAUACUUAUAUUCAUUAUUUAUUGAAUUGUUAUUAAGGACUCAUUUAAAUUUAAUUCAGUAUCUAUAUAUUCCAUAUUGGUACGUCGUGAGCUUAUCUAAUAAAAGCUGAGUUGAAAGUUGAGCUAGUUCAUUUGAUUAAAUUAAUGAAAUUAAAUGGCGAUUUUCCCUAGCUGGCUAGUAAAUUCGCUAGAAUGUCAAUUUAAAAAAAAUCACUGCCAUGAAUCUAAUAUUUCAAUGUGUUAACUCGAGAUUUUUAAAAUAUUUGAGUAAUAUCUUAUAUUCUGAACUACUCUGAAUCCCCGAUGAAAUAGGACCUGAAAAUAAUAAACAUUAAAAGUAGAUCAGUUAUCUUUUUUUAAAUGCAUUUUAAACUGUUUCAUACCAAAAUGAGCAAUCUUUUAGGCAUUGUUUUUGGAGUCUACUUUUUUCACCUAGAAUAUUAACAUACUAUAAUUUUUAAAAAAAUUAUUCAUACAUAGCUAUUAAUAAAAUAUUUAUUAACGCAUCGCUUUGAUUUAUUUUACAUUUACUAUUUUGUUAAGUUACAAACAAUUAUGAGUUCAUCUUUAUGUACGUAGAUACAUAUUGGACAUAAAACAUUUCUUUUUGAAACUUAUAGAAGUAGUGAUACUGAUUAUCUUAAAUUAAAAGUUAAAAAAUUUUCAUUGUGCUUUUAAGUACAACAAAAAGUACAUUAAUUAUAUCUAACAUAAUGGUUUUUAAUUGUCUAAUGAAUUGGAUAAAAUUUUUUGGCAAUGUCGUGAGACCUUUCAUUCCUUUUCGAGGAAUGAUAAGCAGCCACCAGAACAAAAUUUAUUUUAAAAGGAAUGAAUCCCGUGUUUUGCAAGUGGUUUUCAUUUAAAGAUAAAAUUUAUUUAAAAAUGUGACACCUCCUUGCCAUUAUUCUAAUAUAAAAGAAACAAAAUAAAGGUAUUUUUCUUCAAAAAAAAAAGCUGUUUUAAAAUAGUUAGGAAAUUCUUCUGAUCUUUAUCCCAUAAUAGAGCAAACAAAGAAUCGCAAUAAUUAAAUUGUAGAAUAAAAAAUAAGCCUUUUUUAUUGAUUCAAGGAUGGUGUAGAGAUAAAAAAGUUAUCGAAAACUGUAAAAGUCUUCUAAGAUUUAUGCAAAAUGUGUGAAAUUGAUUUUGAAAUAGAAGGCAGAGCAUAUUAAAGAAAGAACAAAGUGUAUGUAUUGACCAAUAAAUUGCUAUUUUCUGAAAUAUA